AUGAACUUCCUACUCAGCAACGAGGAAAAUGAGGCCAUCGCCGCUGUCGAGGCCAUCAACGCUAUCAACAAUACAAAUACGAUCCGGUCCGGCCACUCAACAUGCUUGCGCUUCAACCGAACAGGCGAUCUCCUGGCUUCCGGCAGGGUCGAUGGAACCGUGGUGAUUUGGGAUAUUGAGACAAUGGGCGUCGCGCGUAAGAUGCGCGGCCACAACAGAAGUAUCACAUCCCUCAGCUGGUCAAGAUGCGGCCGCUACCUGCUUUCGGCGUGUCAAGGAUGGAGGGCAAUCCUCUGGGAUCUGAAAGAUGGCAAGCGCUACCGCGAGGUGCGCUUCCGAGCUCCGGCGUACAUCGCGGAGCUCAAUCCAUCCAACCAUCACCAGUUUGUGGCCUCCAUAUUCGAAGAACAACCGAUUCUCGUCGACCUCUCGGACGUUAACGACGUCAAAUACCCCCUUCCGUCGGCGCCGAAACAUGCAGACGGGGAACGGACGGAGAAGCAGUUGAAGGAAGACGCGAAGCAAAUGACGACUGUCACGAUAUUCACAUCUACGGGAGAGCAUAUCCUGGCGGGAACCAACAAGGGGUGGGUGAACGUCAUUGACGUGAAGACCAGGAAGACAAUAUACUCGGAGAAACCAUGCAGCGGUGUGAUAACAACGCUGCGGCUGAACAACUCCGGUCGGUUGCUUCUGAUCAACGCGCAAGAUCGUAUCGUCAGGACCUUCCACAUUCCGAACCUCGCGGCCGAGGAUCUCGAUCUCGAUACGGUACACUUUACGAAGGAACACACAUUCUCAGAUCAAGUCAACAGGCUGUCUUGGAAUCACGUCACCUUCAGCUCGGCCUCCGAGUACGUUGCGGCAUCCACCUACAACAACCACGAAAUAUACGUCUGGGAUAGGGGCAUCGGAAGCACGGGACUGAUUCGGAUACUCGACGGACCCAAAGAGGAGCAAGGUGUCGUGGAAUGGCACCCAGACAGGCCGUUCAUCGCCACAUGCGGCCUCGAGACGGGAAGGAUAUACAUCUGGUCCGUUAUUCCAGAACAGAAAUGGUCUCGCCUUGCUCCGGACUUUGCGCAGGUAGAGGAGAACCAAGAGUACGAGGAGAUGGAAGACGAGUUCGACAUCUAUGGUCAGGAGGAGCUACAGAAGCGACGGCUGGACGCCGAGGACGAGGACGUUGAUGUCGUCAGCUCCAAUUUCCUCCACGGGAACAACGGCGGCAACGAAGCGUUUCGCAUGCCAAUUCUCUUCGACCUCGGGGAGAGCGACAGUGAGGAGGAGUUUAUCGCAGUAUCUACCGGAACCAUGAGGAGAAGGAGUCCAGGUGCGGACGGAGAGAUACCGGAUAGCGAGGUGAUCGAGGAGAAGAUCCCGUCACGGAAGGGCGCAACGAAAUCUUCCAGGGGAAGGAGACGGUGA